CAAAGUUUGACCCAACAAGUUUGCCAUAACCUGAAUGUUGAAGGAUCUCUCUGCAGUGGCUCAUCUUUUCUUUGGGCUGUAAGCCAAUGUGGUGUGUUUAAGGAUCAUCAGGGCUCAACAUUUUAUCAUACCAAGUCUUGCAUUAUGAUGGAAAUGUUAGUACAAAAUUAGAAGUCUAUUUCGCUGGUUUGGGAUGCAUGAAAAAUGUUAGGGCAGCACUUAGCAGGGGAAGGGUUUUGAAAUGCAGUCGUUGUGCUAGGACAGGUGCAACAAUUGGAUGCCGUGUUGAUAGAUGUCCAAAAACCUACCACUUGUCAUGUGCACGCGCCACAGGUUGCAUAUUUGAUCAUCGCAAGUUUCUCAUAGCUUGUAUGGAUCACAAACAUCUUUUCCAACCACAUGGUAGUAGAUAUCUGCACUAUAUAAGGAAAAUGAAAGCUAAGAAGAUGAUGCUGGAGCUGAGAAAGACAUCGAAUGAUGCAUGCCGUAAGGAUAUUGAAGCAGAAGAAAAAUGGAUGGAGAAUUAUGGGGAGGAUGAAGAAUUUUUGAAACGUGAAAGAAAGAGGCUUCAUCGGGAUUUAUCAAAAAUUACUCCGGUAUAUAUUGGCGGCUCUAACUCUGAUAGUGGGGUUGAAUUUCAAGGUUGGGAAUCUGUUGCUGGACUUCAAGAUGUCAUCCAGUGCAUGAAGGAGGUGGUCACCAUACCACUAUUGUACCCUGAGUUUUUCAGCAGUCUUGGGCUCACACCUCCUAGGGGUGUUCUUUUACAUGGAUACCCUGGGACAGGUAAAACAUUAGUAGUACGUGCACUAAUUGGUUCAUGUGCUAGAGGUGAUAAACGCAUAGCAUAUUUUGCUCAUAAAGGAGCAGAUUGUUUGGGAAAAUAUGUUGGUGAUGCCGAGAGACAACUAAGACUUCUGUUUCAGGUUGCGGAAAAAUCUCAACCUUCUAUCAUUUUCUUUGAUGAGAUUGAUGGCUUGGCUCCUUGCCGCACUAAGCAGCAGGAUCAAACUCAUAGUUCAGUGGUGUCCACUUUGCUUGCCCUGAUGGAUGGACUGAAAUCUAGAGGGUCUGUAGUUGUUAUUGGAGCCACUAACCGUCCUGAUGCUAUUGAUCCAGCUUUGAGGCGGCCUGGACGAUUCGACAGGGAGAUUUAUUUUCCGUUGCCAUCAGUGAAGGAUAGAGAAGCAAUUCUCUCUCUGCACACAAAAAAAUGGCCUAAACCUGUUUCUGGGCCUUUACUCAAGUUGAUUGCCAGGAAAACAGUGGGAUUUGCUGGUGCUGAUCUUCAGGCCCUGUGUACUCAAGCUGCCAUUAUUUCUUUGAAGAGGAGCUUCCCCUUGCACCAAUAUCUCUCUGCAGCUGCAGAGAGAGGGCCUCAUGCUAAACAUGCCACCCUACCCAGCUUUACUGUAGAGGAACAGGAUUGGUUGGAUUCUCUUGUGCAUGCACCACCUCCAUGUUCACAAAGAGAAGCUAGGAUGGCUGCAAAUGAAGUAGUCUCAUCACCUCUUCAUACCUGUCUUUUUCCUUGUCUUUCCCAACCGCUUUGUAAAUUGAUUGUUUCCCUUUAUCUAGACGAGCGCGUCUGCUUACCGCACCGCCUUUUUAAAGCUGCUUCACUGGUAAAAGACAUAUUCAUCUCUGCCUUGGAUAAAAAGAAAAUUCUCACCAGUAAUUGGUGGUUUUAUAUUAAAGAUUUGCUUAAAGAGCCUGAUAUUUACCACAAAGUUGAAGAUGAACUCUCACGUGCCGGUAUUCUUAUUCGAGAUUUUAGAAGUAGUACUUCUUGUCUUCUAGAGGAGAUCUUUGAUGAUGAUGACUCUGCAUUUGGAUAUUCCAAAUUGCACCAUAUUGGUGCUCGUGCUCACUUGAUGGAAACUAUGUCGGGAAAGAAAUCUGGAUUUCGAAUUUUAGUUUCUGGGAAUCCAAGAUGUGGUCAAAGGCACAUUGCUUCUUGUCUUGUCCAUUGUUUUGUUGGUAAUACUGAUAUUCAAAAGAUUGAUAUGGCUGCUAUGUCACAGGAAGGCCAUGGGGAUAUUUUGCAAGGGUUGACAGGAAUAUUGAUGAGGCAUGCAUGCGCUGGAAGAUGCAUCAUUUUUAUGCCAAGAUUAGAUUUAUGGGCUGUGGAGGCCAGUUCAAAGGUUUUUGAAACCCAGGGUGUUUCCCUGUCAGGGAAGCAUCAGUUGUAUGAAGAGAGAUCCCUUGAAGAAAUUAAAAAUGAGAAGUCUUAUCCUGUUGCCACUACUAUGGUACUGGAGUCCAAGAAAGAGGUGAGAGAGGCAUCAGAUAUCUGGAACUCCUUCGUUGAACAGGCUGAGACCUUGUUUGUAUCUAAGCCCUUGAGUAUUUUGGCUACAACAGAUAUGCCUUUUCAAGCCCUCCCUCUAACAAUAAGACAGUACUUCAAAGGGCAGGAAUUGGAUCAGAGUCUCUCAACUCCAUUGGGGGGUUCUGUACCACAAUUUUCUAUAGAGCUGGAUGAUAGUUUCAAUGUUGAUCUAAUAGUUAAUCUAUUUGCAUCAAGACUGUCAAUUGAUUUAGUUGAACACUUUGUUCAGUUGCUUUAUCGUGCAAACCAUAUGCGUACCAUCCCACAAAAUGGUAAUGCUAAUGCUGACACCAAGGAGAAUGUUAUGUUGGCGUGUGUCAACUCCAAACCGGAAACAACUACUGAGCACGAGAGCAAAAAUGUUUCUAUAAAUCACAUUACAACUGCUGUUUCCCCUAACACUAAAACUGGAAAAGGGAUGUCAAGCAUGUUGUUAGCAAUUACCACGUUUGGCUACCAAAUUUUACAAUACCCUCAUUUUGCUGAACUUUGUUGGGCGACAUCCAAGUUAAAGGAUGGCCCGUGUGCUGACAUAAAUGGUGCUUGGAAAGGUUGGCCCUUCAAUUCAUGUAUUAUUCGUCCUAGUAACUCGGUGAAUGAGGUUGCUCUCUCUACCAGCACUGUCAAAAGCAAAGCAAGUUCUGGUAUUGUAAGAGGCUUGAUAGCUAUUGGGUUGUCAGCUUACACAGGCAAAUAUACUUCGCUUCGAGUAGUAUCUUCUGAUGUUCGGAAAGUUCUGGAGCUUUUAGUUGCCAGAAUUAAUGAAAAAGUUCAGGGCGGGAAGGACAGAUAUCAUUUCAGCCGUCUGUUGUCUCAAGUUGCUUAUCUUGAUGACAUGGUUAGCAGCUGGCUGUACAUGAUGCAGAGUUUUGAGAUGGAUACCGAAUGUUCAGGGCCAAAGGCAAACUCAACAUUGAAUUGCAUAGGAAAUUCCGAAGAACCUAACCCUUUAAGAAAUACUACUUCGGAAGGUGGUGAUAAUACCUUCCAUGAAGCAAGGACAGUAGUAGGAGGUAAUCAUAUGGCAAGGACGGAGGUCGGCUUUCAACCAAUGGACACAGACCAUUCUAUACCAGUUAAAAAUGUAGCAAGUGCCCUUAAUUUGAAUAUGAAAAUAGUCAAACACAAUCUUGUGAAUGUCGAAGCUAAUUGUAGAGAUCAAGAUGAAGGUGCUUCCCAGUUGAAGAAUUGUACCCCUUCUGAAAUAAGCAAUCCAACGGAUGCAGUUUCCCAGAAAGGUGGAGAUUGUGGACCCGCAAUACAUUCUAAUGGACAUGUUGAUAUUCAAGAUCAAGAGGAUGAUGAUGGGUGUGAUACUGAAAAUGAUCUUCGUCGUGAAGAUGAAGAUAGAGAGACAUUUGAUCAUGCUAAUGUUAAAGCUACCAACAUUCCAACAGUUUCUGGUCUUGUGUGCCACUUAGGUUGCUGCAAUGAGUGUCUCGGGAAACUUCAGCGCCUUCUAAGAGAUGCAGUUAAAUGUGAGUUGGGACUUGAGGAGAAAGAGUGUAAGGUAGACGAUGUUAAUGAUUUUGUGGCCUCGGUAUCUGCCAAGUUUCAUUCCUCUCUCAGAUUGUGGUUGCGACCUGAAAACUCAGGGUGUGAGGUGAUGAAGAUCACAGAAUGCAGUUGUCAUGGUACAGAUAGUGCUGUAAAUGCACACUUGGAUCUGUGCCAGAAUUCACAGUACAUAUUUAGAGAUGGUCUACUGACCAACUUUGAGACAUGCAAAGAUGCUUCCUUUCACUGCCAUUUUAAGAAAUUAUGCCUCCAUUCCCUUAUAGAGUGGGUAAAAGUGGGGAAGGAGCCAUAAAUUGAUUGGCAUCGCUUCUGCCAAUUUUGAUUUUCCUUUGGCAUGACAUUGGUAGUGUUUUAGUUUUUUUCCCGGGUACAUGGAAUCUAUGUUUUUAUAUACCGGUAAUCGAAUAGAAUUUAUUUCAAAGCAGGUUUUAAUGGCAUCCCUUCGUUUGCAUUAAUAGUUCUAUGCACUAGAUUUAAAAAGCUUCACCUGCAUAACUUCUUAGGCCAUGUUUGGCAGACAAUAAUUUACUUUGCGUUAU